CAGUUGUGAACAGAUCAGUUUCAGAUGUCUGUGCAACUUGCCACAUUCAUGCUACAUGUCAUCAAAGUGAAGGGAAAAGCGUCUGCAUCUGUAACUAUGGAUUUGUAGGAAAUGGAAGAACCCAUUGUCAAGAUAAAGAUGAAUGCCAGAUUGGUGCCAGCAAGAUCUGUGGAAAUCAUACACUGUGCCAUAAUACACACGGAAGUUUUUACUGUGUUUGCCUUGAUGGAUACCGAGCCUCCAACAACAACAAGACAUUUAUUCCCAAUGAUGGCACAAACUGUACAGACAUAGAUGAAUGUGAGGAGUCUGGUCUGUGUGGUCGCAAUGCAAGAUGCGUGAAUACUGAAGGAAGCUACAAGUGUUACUGCAAUGAUGGUUAUAAAUUAGAAAAUGGAGAGAGUUCUUUUCAUCCAGAUGGGAACAUGGUUUCAUGCAAAGAAGUUGCAUGUGGUUCCCCUCCUGAAAUGAAGCAUGGCUACAUUGUGGGCAACUACAGCUUGCUACCAGGAAGUGCGGUUCAUUAUGAAUGUAAAGAAGGGUUUUAUAGCAACGAGGGAAAAUUCUCAUAUUGCACUGCAAAUGAAACUUGGGAACCUGCCACUUUAAGUUGUAAAGAUGUGGAUUGUGGGAUUCCACCUUCUGUGUUAAAUGCACAUCCAGCAUCUAUAAGUGGGACCACAUACGGAAGUGAAGUUACUUACAGUUGUGUUCAUGGUUACUUCACUGCGAGCGGCAACCAGACUGCAGUCUGCAAUGCCAAAGGACAGUGGGAUGGUACUGAUUUGGUGUGCAAAGAAAUAGACUGUGGCAAACCUUUGCUGAUUCCACACACAGAAAUGAUCUGGCACAACUCUACCACUCUACGGAGCAGAGUGUACUAUCAGUGUAAAGAAGGAUAUUAUUUUAAUGGAGACAGGAAUUUUUCAGAAUGCACAAUAGAUCAGUCUUGGGAGAAUAUUACAUACAUAUGCAAAGAGGAGGAAUUAUUCAGUAAUUUGUCCAUAUUCAAUGAAACAUGUGUGAAGUGGCAAAGGAAAACUGGAAGACUGGGAGUGCAGGAAACGUACAUGUUUCACAUACUGGGCCAAAGAUGGGAUGAGAAGGCAUUCUCGGAAGAUGCGGUAUUUAACAUCACUACAAGUGAAGAUAAUCCAAAUGUGUGUUUAGAUCUCAACUCUGGUGGUAACUACCUGGUGAAUAUUACUGCUAUCUCUUCCACAAACAUCACUGUCUCAGUUACAGUAGCAGUUCAAACAAAGGUAAAGGAAGCUCUCAAUAACCUAUUAAUUUUUAACGAUACAUGCUUGAAAUGGCGAAGGAAUGUCAGAGGAACUGAUGUGGAAGACACAUACUCAUUUCAAGUGCAAGGCCAGCGUUGGUAUCAGAAGGAGUUCUUUCAUGAAAUGACCUUCAACCUUACCACACACAAGCAGGCUCCAGAAGUUUGUUUUGAUUUGCAGCCAGGCACCAAUUACUCUGUUAAUAUUUCCAUGGUAGCUUUGAAUUUUUCACUGCUCAUUUCCAUGACAACACAAAUCACAGAUCCCCUUUUCCCAGACGUAGAAUUUGUUGCAGUAAAAGGUUCAGCACCGUUGCUCAGACUCCGGAAAGCAGAAGAUAGAAAUGGACCGAUCAGUCUUUAUCAAGUGAUUGUGCUUCCUCUGCAUUUGCAAAGCACUUUUACUUGUGACUCCUUUGCUUCUGCAACUUUCUUUAGUAACACCACUGACAUUAAAGGAUAUGUGGCAGCUGAAUUUCGGGCGAAGGAUGUUGCUGAUAACAUGUCAAUUGCUCUUGGAGACAGACAUUACUACGGGAAGUUUUAUAAUGCUCCUUUAAAGCUGGGAGAAGAGUAUUGUGUUUUUUUGAGAAUAAUAAGUGAGUGGAAUAAGGUGAGAACACAGUCCUGUGCUGUUUGGGCACAAAUUAAAAAUUUGUCACCCACUCUGCAGUACAUGACUGGUGUUGGAUUAGGGUCAGUUGCUGCUGUCUGCCUUGUACUGUUCUUUUCGUUCUCAGCAGCACGCUUUUAUCUCCACAGCACAGCGCACUCCCCGCCUGCUGCUUUAGCCUGUGAGGCUGUACAUGUAUCUGCUACAAUGGACAUGGCACAAACAGGGAUUACAUCAUCAUUCCUAGAGACUGAAAAUGUCUCUCUUCUCUGA